CGCGUCGCAAGAUGGCGGCGGCCAUGCCCGUUCCUUUUGAGGGAGCGAGUGCGCAGCGCGGCGUCGGGCUUUGGCGAGGCCGGAGCAGCCGCGGCCGCUAGUCGUUUCCGCGCCGCCCGCUCCGGCGGCAGCAGCAGAGCCUGUCGUGGGGCUUGGCCGGCCCAGGGAAGCGGGCCCGGGCCGGGCUGGGCUGCCCGCCGUUAGCAUGGAGCCCCCCGGCGCCGUGGCCGGAGGCGGCGGAGCGGGCAGCAACGUGCCGGCCUUCCUCACCAAGCUGUGGACGCUGGUGGAGGAUCCGGACACGGACGCGCUCAUCUGCUGGAGCCCGAGUGGAAACAGCUUCCAUGUUUUCGACCAAGGCCAGUUCGCUAAGGAGGUCCUUCCCAAGUAUUUCAAACACAACAACAUGGCCAGCUUUGUGCGACAGCUGAACAUGUACGGUUUCCGGAAGGUGGUUCACAUCGAGCAGGGCGGGCUGGUCAAGCCCGAGAAGGACGACACGGAGUUCCAGCACCCGCACUUCCUCCGGGGCCAGGAGCAUCUCCUGGAGAACAUCAAGAGGAAAGUCACCAACGUAUCCGGCAUAAAGAACGAAGAGGUGAAGGUUCGCCAGGACAGCAUGACCAAAUUGCUGACCGAUGUCCAGUUGAUGAAGGGCAAGCAAGAGAGCAUGGACUCCAAGCUGAUCGCAAUGAAGCACGAGAACGAGGCCCUGUGGCGAGAGGUGGUCACUUUGCGUCAGAAGCACACGCAGCAGCAGAAGGUCGUCAAUAAGCUCAUCCAGUUCUUGAUCUCCUUGGUGCAGUCCAAUCGCAUCCUUGGGGUGAAGAGGAAGAUCCCCCUGAUGUUGAACGACGGCAGUUCCCCGCACAGCAUGCCCAAGUACGGCCGGCAGUACUCCUUGGAGCCCCUCCACAGCCCCUCCCCCUACUCAGCCUCCUCCCCAGCGUACGGCGGCCCCAAACUCUACUCCCCGGACUCCGGCCCCAUCAUCUCCGAUGUGACCGAACUGGCCCAGUCCAGCCCGUCUCCCUGCCCCAGCAGCAGCAGCUUUGAGGAGGAGAGGAGCAGCCCCGUGGUCCGCAUCAAAGAAGAGCCCCCGAGCCCCUCGUGCAGCCCCUCCGGGGAGGAGGCCAGCCCCCUGGGCGCCCCCCUCUCGCCCUCCACGUUCAUCGACUCCAUCCUCCAGGAGGACCAGCCCGGCAGCGCUUCCUCCACAGUCCCGGCCACCCAGGGCCCCCGGGCGCAGCCCCACGAAAAGUGCCUCAGCGUGGCCUGCCUUGACAAGGUGGGUCGUGCUGCGCAGAUGCCUGAGGUCACCUGCCUUUUCCCCAGCCCUUCCUCCUCCUCCUCCUCCUCCUCCUCCUCUUCCUCCUCCUCUCUGCACUGCAGACCACAGCAAGGGAAUGAGCUGAACGAGCACCUGGAGACCAUCGACUCCAGCCUGGACCACCUGCAGAACAUGCUGACCACGCACAGCUUCAGCGUGGACACAAGCGCCCUGCUGGAUCUCUUCAGCCCGUCCAUGGGGGUGGCGGACAUGAACCUGCCAGAUCUGGACAGCAGCCUGGCCAGCAUCCAGGAGCUCCUCUCCUCCCAGGAGCAGCAGAAGCCGCCCGAGGGAGAAGACGCCGCGGCCGACGCAGGCAAACAGUUGGUCCACUACACGGCCCAGCCCUUGUUCCUGGUGGACUCCAGCACGGUGGACGCGGGCAGCGCGGACCCGCCCAUCUUCUUCGAGCUGGGGGAAGGACCCGGCUUCCCGGAGGGGGAGGACUGCUUGGAGGAGCCCGGGCUCUCCCUGCUCUCGGGGACGGAGCCGCCCAAGGACCCCGCGGCCUCCUAGGGCCCGGCUCAGCCAGGAAGGCCGCCCUGCCGUGGGGCUGAGCUGCUGCGGGACAAGGGGGCUUCCCAGGCGGUGCGGUGGGCCCGGCCGGCCCGAGGGCGGCCCAGGACAGGCGUGGGGCUCGGAGGGACGUGGCUGCCAGAGGACGCUCGCCGCGACGGUCGCUCUCCGCGUCUUGAGGGUGACACCUCCUGCCCGAGAGACUCCAUGGCUCCUCUGAGCGGCCGGGCGGCCGGGGGGGGGUCCCUGGGGGACGGCUGCAGCCCCGCCCCCGCCCCCCCCCCCCCCCCCAGAAGGUCCCCCAGCUUCCCCCAGUGGGGUUGAUUUCUUCUCCCUUGGCUUAGCAGUGAAGGGUUUGUACAUUUACACUUGGAUUGUUACUAGAAAAAUUGUAUUUUGAAUUUUUACAUAAGAGAAGACGCCCCCCCGCCCCCCUCCCUUCCCCCCCCCAUAUAAAUAUCUAUAUAGACACGCUCAAAUAUAUCUAUAU